AUGGGUUUUGAGUCUAGCGGUAGAAUGCUUUUUAAUUUGUGCUAUAUGUGGCUUCUGCUCUCUUCCAUGAUGCUCAGAAAUGUAGAUGGGCAUGGAUGGACAAAGCAACAUCCAAAGCCAUGUAAGAACUUCGUGUUAUACUUUCAUAAUAUACUUUACACUGGCAAAAACCUUGAGAAUGCAACUGCUAUCCUGGUUGCGCACCCUCCGUGGGGUAAUCUAUCUACUUUUGCCGAUCCAUUCUCGUUUGGAGAUAUGGUUGUGUUUGACGAUCCUAUUACUCUUGAUCAAAAUCUACACUCUCCUCCUGUGGGUAGAGCGCAGGGAUUUUAUUUCUACAACAUGAAGACUACUUACAAUGCUUGGCUUGGCUUCACAUUUGUGCUGAAUUCAACAGAUUAUAAGGGCACCCUCACCUUCAAUGGUGCCGAUCCAUUGUUCGCUCAGUACAGAGAUAUAUCUGUAGUGGGUGGAACGGGUGACUUCCUAAUGGCGAGAGGAAUUGCCACCCUUUCUACCGAUUCACUUCAGGGAACUGUUUAUUUCCGCCUCAGGGUUAACAUCACACUCUAUGAGUGCUAUUGA